AAUAGGUUUAAGUCGUAGGCUGCAGUUUAAUAUAGCAUAGAAAAGUUAGAAAACCUAAAUAUUCAAGGCUAGAUUAAGGAUAAAAGUGCAUCCUUGUGGAACUACACAGUUUUUGCUACACCUGAAUGCCUCUUGUUAAGACGUAAGCAAACGUCUGGAUGCUCUGCCAUGUGUGAUGUGCUAAUUGUGCACACUAGUGAGACCCAGGACUGGGCCACAUACCUUGAGGUCAUUUUGGAUGCAUCGCAGCACUUCCCUCAGGGUUCCAUCAGCUUCUAUCUUGCCGAUGGGGAUAAUUCCGUUCGGGAUGAUGACUAUUCAGUUUUCAGGUCCAGCAAAUGCAUCCUGCUUUUGCUAUCAGUGGCAUUCCUGGACAUGCAGAGUGAACCCGAGGUGCGGGACAUGUAUGAGAGACUUCUUCACCCUCCCUGUAAAAUUAUAGCGUUUCUCUGUGGGGUGUCUGAAAACGAUGGCUUAGUGGACUAUUUUGAGUACUGGACUAGCUGGCGGAAGCUUGAUUCAGAAGAUGAGCCAUCAGUAUAUAUCUCAACAGUCCUGGAGGUUAUUGCUGAGGAAAAUGUUAUUGGACCUGAAGACCCACAGAUGACAGAGGAAGAAAUGCCAUCACUAAGCGACCUGAAUCUGAAUACUUUAGAGGGGCCUGAGGAGUUGGUUCUGUUGGACCAGUCCCAGACACCAGAUGAGCAUCCGGAUAUCCAAGAUAGAAACCAUGAGUCUGCAGGCAUCAUGACGCAAGCCAUAAGUGCACUGACAUCAAUAGCAGAUCCAUUCUGCCUUUCUGUCCAACCCCAGAGAAUACUGUGUGGCACUGGGGUGGACAUUUAUAUCAUCUUGCUAAAUAGGUUGGACAGUCAGGCCAGCAUGGAAGUGGAAUUUCAUUGUGAGCAUUCAACAAAACGCGUGCCAGGAACUCUUGUGAAUGAAUAUAUUGUUAGAGCACAGUCACCUGAUAUGCCAUCUGGGGCUGUGUCUUUGCAUGUUUAUAGUGAUGGGUCAAGUGUAUGCUCAACAACUCUGACAUACUACACAGAAAUGGAAGAAAUUAACCAUUAUCUUGAGAAAGUAAUGGAUCCUAUGCAGUUUAUGUGUCAGGCAUUUAACAUUACAUCAAAUACAUCAGAGGCCUUAGAUGAUUUGUUUACAGAUUCUCUAAAAAAACAGAUGCCUGCAAAUGGAUUGCAAGUAUUUGGAAUUGAUCAGCUUGAACAGAAGAAUACAUUCACAAAUCAGCAGAAUGUGGAACUCCCAACGUUACUUCACUUUUCUGCAAAGUACGGGCUAAAGAAACUGACUAGCAUGUUGCUACAAUGUCCAGGAGCACUGCAGGCCUACAGUGUAAUGAACAAGAAUGGGGAUUACCCAAGCACCCUGGCUGAGAAAAGUGGUUUCCCUGACUUAAGACAACUCAUUGAUGACCAUGUUGAGACAGUAGGCUUGGACAAGUCUCACAGGGAGGAAUCGGUGGCAAUGCCAGGAGAUGAGGACAUCUAUGAGCCUAUGGCAAAUACGUCACAGACUUUCGUUUCUGAGUUCCCUCUUCAGGAGGACAUAUACGAGUCUAUGAUGGAACUGAACCCUGACCUGCAGUUAUAUGAAGACUUGAGCAGUUCUCUCUGUGAGUCUGAUAACCCAGAAGAAACUCUGUUGAGAAAAUUUUUCCAAGUAAAACCAGAAGGGAAUUCAGAGACUGUGGAGCAAGAACUAGCAAAUGAUGAUUACCUCAUUACAAACAUCCAAGAGACAGCAGAGGACAAUUCAGAAAGGUACUCAGAAGAGGAGGACCCAUAUAAGAUCUGCUCUCCAGAGGAAAUCUAUGACACUGUAGACGAGCAUGAAGACUUCUCUGCUUCUGCCAUCCUGAAUCGACCACCUGCCCCAGUUCCUCGGCCAGCCAUGGUGUCAGAACCGGACGAAUGCAAGACCUAUAUUUCCACAGUGUUCUCCUCCAAGGAUUCGUUAUGUUCUGCAAGCAGUCACACCCAGAGGCAGACUUCUGAUGAUUCAGCAUGGCCAGAAAGAGUCAUGGAAGUCAGUGCCCAUGACCCCUAUGCAGGCAUGAAGACCCCAGGCCAGAAACAGCUCAUCUCCUUGCAGGAGAGGGUGAAAGUUGGGGUUCUUACUGUAGAGGAGGCAGUGCAAGAGUUCAAAGCCUGGCAAUUUGACCAGGAAAAAAGGUCUCAAUCCAUCCGCUUCCAGCAGGAAAAUUUACAAAGGUUACGAGACAGCAUCACUCGACGUCACAAAGAAAAGGGAAGGAGUGUGAAGGUGGAGGAGCUGGAGAUAACUGCUCCAAUGCAGAGGAACCUGCGCUGGGGCUCUCAUAUAAACGUAGAGUGUUCAGUGUAUGAACCAAGCCCACGCAAUACAGCCCAGCCUCCUCAUUUUACCCGUCCACCACAGAGAGGAACAUGGCAGACAGGAAGUACCUCCAGCACCUCUAGCAGUGGUAGUAACAGACUGAGCACUCUGAGCACGAUCAGCUACAGCAGUGGGGCAGAUGGUGAACUGGAAGAACCUCAGGAAAGUAUUCCUCUUCGGCCAACCCGGCCAGCUCUGCCUGCGCUCCCACCUCCCAGAAUCCCGCCCCGACCAUCCGAACGGUUUCCAGAGAGGAUGCAAAAUGAGCGUUACGUGUCCACCCCAUCUCGUGCUCUACCUCAGGUGCCCCCGCAGAGACCCAUCCCUCCCCCUCCCGUACCUCGACGCCUAUGGUGACCCCCCCUCCCCCAACAUGCGUCUCACAUUGUAUUGUACACUUGUUACAGCUACAUCAAGCUUGUGUUAUAUGGAUUUGUGAAAAUAAGCACACGUGCACACACAGUUUGCGUUUCGUAAUGAGGUGAUCUCUCAUGUCUGCCCUCUAAUGGCCAUGUGUUUGAAUGAACAACAGAAAGGUGCAACCGAACAACAGCGUUAUGUUACAGAGCAUUGAGAUUACUGUUGCUAAAGUUCUUCAGUAUCACAAAGUUUAUUAGAACACAUUUGAAUAGGAUAGCACAAAGAUAAGUAGUAUAAAAUUCCUAAAAUAAAAAAUCUUCUCCUGUCAUUGGUUGUACACUUUUGCACACAAUAACAAUUUUAGAAAUGUCCUUCACAUACAAUCCCAUCACCUACACAUAUUGGUCAAUCCAAUCAUAUCAAUUUACAUUACUGUCGAUAUAAAAUCUAAUAUUUUCUACCAUUUGUUUGUAUUUAUUCAGAGGCCAACAUUAAACUUUCAGU